AUGAGCGCAACGGAUCUCCGAAAGUUUACGCACGACUUUGGUGUUGAUUUGGAUGAGAUCCGGAAACUGGGGAAAGAAGAAAUGGAAUGCCUCUUUGGAUGGCUCCGCGAUGCCGGCAUGCUCGACCAUUCUGACGUGCUGCAGAACCAUGAGGUGAUUCAUUACUUGAGGCAUGUGAAGAAUUUCUGGGCGACGCUGGUCAGCCAUGACCGUGCUCAAAUGGCCCGAAUCGAUCUACAUACGGUGGAUACACUACAACUAUAUGCCCCUCGGGCGUCUACAGUUGAUCGGAAGAUCGUGAAAGGUAAAAUCCUCAGUGGCGAAGUGUUUUCCAACUUCAGCCGCUCGGAACGGGUCGCGAUCUGGGAGAGCCUACGGUCGCACGAGACGUGCGACGGCAUCAUCCCGUCCCUCCAUACGUUUUUCCGCGACGUUUUGUACCUCGAAGUCUGUGCCAAUGCUGUCAAACGGCUGGUUGCUUUGAACAAGCAGCACCCCACCAUUCGGCGCGCACUAGUGCACAGUUUUCGACCGGGUCCCUCUGACACAGAUUGUCUGAUCCAGACGUCUGAAACCACGUUUCGCCGACAGCCGGGGCCUAACGACGAACGACUGUCGUUGGCAUACCGCCAGAUCUGGCUGUAUGCUAUGCGACAUUACCCGGACAUGGCCAAGAAUAUCCGGGGCGGCCAGGCUGCCAACCCCGCCCGGGCAAAGGCGCGGGCGAAGGCGGACGAGAGCGUGAUUCAUGAUAUGGCUACUCUUGCUCGGAAGCUGGGUUUUCGAACUACGCAAAUUAGCGCAAUCCUCCAGCAAUCUGCGGACCGGCAGAUCGCUCGGGCGGCGCUGCUCCAAGCUCGGAAGCCUGAUCGCUACCACUACGACCGAGAAACCUUCGAGUCUUUGAUCGAGCAAAUUACUGGUUGUUUUGCUCGCGCAAUGCUGAACGAAGAACUGCCAAUGACGCUUACCGCUGGCCGGGCGAUGAAAUUGAAAGACCGAUAUGGAAUUCCUCCUGAAUAUGCUCAGCCGCUGGACCGCCCGCAUAUCUUCCUGGACCGGCUGCAUUCGGUAACAUCGAUGCAAAGGAACCUGUCGUCUUUGGAAGUGAGACGGAGCGUAUACUACGCCUUUUUUUGGCAAGCCGUCCUCUCAGACAUAUAUGCCUUACACUCCGCCAGCAUGGUCACCAGCCAGCGAGCCUUCUUCGCCCUUGUUUGUUCCACGUGA